AUGGCGUACAACAAAUCCUACAACCCGGAUGCGCUGCCAGCUCACGCUGAGCCGGAACAGGCAGCGCAGAUGCUAGGCAACAUGCAUCUAUCAGGCCAAAGCAAUAUCCUAAGCCACAGCCAAAGCCUCAACCAUAAACCACUCCCAUCCCGUCCACCAGCGCAGUCGGGCCACAGCUCCGGCCAUAGCAAUUCCCACAGUGGAGUCCCUGCACGUUUGCCCGUCUCCAGCGCUCCCCCGCAGCAUGCAUACAUCGCCGCACCCCCGCGCGUCGACUCGCAGUCUCACCACUCCUACAGCAGUCGACCCUCAACCACAAACCUAUCUCCACCCACCCAAACCCCCAUCCAGAAUCACACUCGUCCACACCCACUACACCCCUCCCCACCACCCCCGAACUACGGCUUCGGGCCCCCACCCGUCCAACCCCAACGCAACAGACCCCCGGUCUCUUCCCGACCACCCCAAUCCCCCGUCCCACCACCAUUGACAGCCCCCAGCGAUGACCCGCAGCAACUCUUCCCCCUCUUCCGCGCCGCAAACGCCUCGCACUCCGGCACCCUCACCGAAGGCGAACUCGGCAGCGCCCUCGUGAACGGCGACUUCACGUCCUUCCACCCGCGCACAGUGCGACUCAUGAUCCGAAUGUUCGACCGCGACGGCACGGGGACAAUCAACUUCGACGAGUUCGUCUCUUUGUGGCGGUAUCUGGCUGCGUGGCGGGAGCUAUUCGACCGCUUCGACGAAGACCGCAGCGGCCGCAUCAGCCAGCCGGAGUUUGAGAAGGCACUUGUUGCGUUCGGGUACCGGCUCAGUCCCAAGUUCAUCUCUGUUAUGUUUGCAGUUUUUGCGGGUAAAGGGAGACAGAUGAAUUCGAAGGAACCUAGGCCUACGGGCAUGAGCUUUGAUCUGUUCGUUCAGGCUUGUAUCAGUCUCAAGCGCAUGACGGAUGUCUUUAAGCGGUAUGAUGAGGAUCGGGAUGGGUAUAUUACUUUGAGUUUUGAGGAGGCUUUGACUGAGAUCCUACUAUUACAGGAGUAA